UGAAAGUCUUCAUAACUGUGCACCUGAUUUUGCCAUAUAAGACACGAAGAUGUUGCUAAACUGGAGCCUAUUCUUCUUUGUCCUGGGAGCUGUACAAGCGGCUGAAGUCUGCUACAACAGAAUUGGGUGCUUUUCUGAUGCCAAACCAUGGGCUGGUACCAUCGAAAGACCUAUUACCAAAUUACCAUGGACUUCGGAAAAGAUUAACACUCGUUUCCUGCUUUUUACAAGAAGCAACCAAAACAGUUUUCAGGUAAUCAGUGCCAUAAAUCCAUCCACCAUCUCCUCCUCGAAUUUCCGUACCUCCAAGAAGACGCGUUUCGUAAUUCAUGGCUUUACUGACAGUGGAGAGGCUAGUUGGCUUUCUGAUAUUUGCAGGAAACUUUUCACAAUUGAGGAUGUGAACUGCAUCACUGUGGAUUGGAGCGGAGGAUCAAGAACUCAAUACUCUCAAGCGGCAAAUAACGUCCGUGUUGUGGGAGCAGAAGUUGCCUAUUUUGUGGACAUUCUUCAGAAAAAUUUUGGCUAUGCCCCUGCCAAUGUCCAUUUGAUUGGCCACAGUCUGGGAGCCCACGCUGCAGGAGAGGCUGGUACUAGGAAAAGAGGAAUUGGAAGAAUUACAGGUCUGGACCCUGCUGAGCCAUAUUUCCAAAACACACCUGUAGCCGUCAGGUUGGAUAUCUCAGACGCUAAUCUUGUUGAUGUCAUUCACACUGAUGCUGGACCUCUGGUUCCUAGUUUAGGAUUUGGAACAAACCAGGCCAGUGGCCACUUGGAUUUUUUUCCCAACGGUGGAAUCCACAUGCCCGGAUGUCCACAGAACAUUCAAAUUCCAAGUAUAACCGUUGAAGACAUUUGGAAUGGUGUUGUGAACUUUGUGACUUGCAACCACAUGCGCGCCAUCAAGUACUAUACCGACAGCAUUGGCCAGACUGGCAGCUUCGUUAGCUAUCCCUGCAAAGAUUACAACACUUAUAAAGCGGGUAGCUGCAAAUCCUGCCCCAGCGCUGGAUGUCCUAAGAUGGGUCACUAUGCUGAUACCUUCAAGGGGCUGACAUCUUCCAGUCAAAUCUUCUAUCUAAACACACCUUAAACCGAGCUUGAUAAAACAUUGAUUGAUAUGCUGGUUAUAAACAUAUUUUCCAUGAAAGACAAUGACCAUUGCUUCCAUCAGAUAUUCAGAGGCCAUUGUAUUUGAUGAUUAAAUAAAUAUUAACAGCACG